AUGUUGUUGUUGCUUUUCACCUGGGGACUAGUGGUGAUGUCCUGUAGUUUGUGGUUUGUUCUGAGAAUAAGAAGAAGACAUCCAAAUGAGCCACCCUUGGAAAAUGGAAUGCUGCCGUAUUUUGGCUGUGCUUUGCAGUUUGGGGCCAAUCCUCUGCAUUUCCUCAGGGAAAGACAAAAGAAAUAUGGGCCCAUUUUUACUUGCCGAUUGGCUGGAAAAUAUGUGCAUUUUCUCACAGAUCCCUUUUCAUAUCAUGCAGUGAUGCGACAAGGAAGACAUCUGGACUGGAAAAAGUUCCACUUUGCAACCUCUGCAAAGGCAUUUGGACAUAGGAGCAUUGACCCAAGUGAUGGAAACACCACUGAGAAUAUGCAACAGACCUUCACAAGAACUCUUCAGGGUAAUGCCUUAACAAGUCUCAAUGAGGCCAUGAUGGAAAAUCUGUACUAUGUUAUGGUGAAAUCAAUUGUACCAAAAAUGAACCCAAGUGCCUGGGUCACCAAUAAGCUUUAUGAAUUCUGCUGUCGUGUCAUGUUUGAAUCUGGGUUUUUAACCCUGUUUGGGACAGAGUUUAACAUAGGCCAUGACAAAAUUCUUUCUUCUAACCAAGAAGCCCAAAGAGAGGUUAUCCUCAAUGCCCUGGAGAACUUCAAGGAGUUUGACCAAAUCUUUCCAGCUCUUGUAGCUGGUCUGCCAAUCCACCUAUUCAGAAGUGCCCACAUUGCCAGAGAGAAGCUGGCUGAGGCUUUGCUCCAUGAGAACCUUAAAAAAAGAGAGAACAUCUCACAACUAAUUUCUCUCCGCAUGUUCUUGAAUGAUACACUCUCCACUUUUGAUGAUAAUGAAAAAGCAAAGACCCAUCUUGCAGUCCUGUGGGCUUCACAAGCUAAUACAAUCCCUGCUACCUUUUGGAGUUUAUUCUAUCUUAUGAGGAACCCAACAGCAAUGAAAGCGGCCACUGAAGAGGUGCAAAGGGUAUUAGAAAAUGCCGGUGAAAAAGUAGACUCAAAUAGAAAACCUAUUUCCUUGAAUCGAAAGCAGCUUGAUGACAUGCCUGUAUUAGAUAGCAUUAUCAAAGAAGCAAUAAGGCUCUCUAGUGCAUCCAUGACAGUCAGAGUUGUCAAGGAAGAUUUUGUUUUGCAAUUAAGGAGUGGCUCCUACAAUAUCCGCAAAGAUGACAUCAUAGCUCUUUAUCCCCAGCUGCUGCAUUUUGAUCCAGAAAUCUAUUCUGACCCCCUGACAUUCAAAUAUGACCGUUAUCUUGAAGAAAAUGGAGAAGAAAAGACCACUUUCUACCGCAACGGUUGCAAAUUGAAAUAUUAUUAUAUGCCAUUUGGAACAGGACUUGCAAAAUGCCCUGGAAGAUUGUUUGCAGUUCAUGAAAUUAAGCAGUUUCUGACUUUGUUGCUUUGCUAUUUUGAAGUGGAGCUUGACAACAAGAAUGUGAGUUGUCCUUCUUUAGACCAGUCACGAGCAGGACUUGGCAUUUUACAACCUACAAGUGAUGUUGAUUUCAAGUACAGAUUGAAACUUCUGUGAAUGAAUGGAACAAAAAUACUUCAUUAUAUUCAGUCCACAGAGUGGUGAAAAGCUGUGUACAAUGAUGCCAAAGCAAUGCAUUAAGGAUUAUGAACACUUGUCACUUAAAACAGUUUGUUAUGGCAAGGUUUGCCUUUAUAUAUUUGGUUUCAGGACACAGGGUAUGGGUUCUGAAAUAGGACAGUCCAGUUCCUUCAGUGUUGUACUAUGUCUUCAGGGAAGUUUGGGGGCCAUAGAAGGUUAAAAGAAAGGAUAAAUUGACCUCUUGUACCCCAGAGUGGCUUUCAAGCUGCCAAAAAGAGGGUUGCUUCAUCACUGCACUCUGCAGAAACUCUUUACAUCAUGCUGCCUUUUGUAAACUUGCAAACAAAGCUUGCAGGCAAUCAUGCAAUCAGGGGUUAGGAUUUAGGUAAUCAGGGUGGUUGUACAACACUCAGUGAUCUCAGGGAAAGCAUAGAAUGCUGGUAAAAACAAGGCCAGUGCAAGGCUAUGUUUACAUUCAGGACAGUUGUGCAUCAAAAUGACAAUGCUCCAGAUAUACCAUUUUCCUAAAUGAAGGCAUGUGUUUAUGUAUGGGGAUGGUAGGGUGGUCGGUUUUAUUUUGAUAUUGUUUAUUUCUGCUGAUUUUAGAUGGUAUUUUCUUAAUAAAAAGUUUUGAUCACUUUAUAAAGUUAUUUGGUGAAUCUUGUGACAUGAAUAAAAUCUACAACCUACAACAAAUCUGGCAUUACACUAGGGGUGCAGGAGAUUUUUUUAAUUCCCCAACCUCCUAGGAAUUCUCACAGUUCAGACACUUCUUAGUGCGGACAGCACCCAACCAAGAUGUUAUUGACAUGCAGAGUGGUAUAUUGAAUAAUGGUCCUGUUGAAAGUUAAGAAAACAUCAUUCUGGGUCAUGAGCAAACAGAGGUGGGAUGUUUGGUUUAUAAGGGUAGUUUUCUUAUCAAUAGACCAAAGUAACCCCAUACUGACUUGCUCCAUAUCUGAUCCCUUUUCAUAGAAGUUGGCAGAACUAUGCCAGUUUUCCUAAUCUGCGGAACUGAACACAAUCUGUUCCACUAUUUACUUAACCUGUAAUAACUUUAGCCUACAAGGAUCUUCUGUCUGAUUUUUAUCAAGAACAGUUAAAGAAUUUUCUUCCUGACUAAUGAACAGAUAAUCUCUAGUGCUUAAUUCAUUUUUCAUCUUCCACAGUAGCAACCUUGGCUAUUAUCAGGCAUUAAAUCAUUAGUUUAUCUGCCAAUACCAUUGUUAAAAUUCCAUGCAUGUUCUAUUGCAUCGGAAUUGUCCUACUUUAAAUUGUUAGUUUUUGGUUGCCUUUCAAAAUCACUUGGAGUUAUGUUUUU